AUGAGGCCGAAAUCGUGUUCCCCGUUCCUGCUGUUCUGCGUGCUGCUGCCGGGCCUGGUGCGACCCUUCACAUCCGGCGAAGAGGGUGAGGAUGCCGCGGAGGACGAGGAUUCCUACCUCCUGGAGGAGGACGACGUGCCAUCGGCCACGAUAGCCACGGACACCGAGCUGAUCUCCGAGGCGGGCGGUCAUCUGCCGGUGUUCCUCACCGAGCCCGUCGAUUCGUUCGUGGUGAAAAACAAACCGGCCACGUUGCACUGUAAAGCGGCGCACGCGUUGCAAAUCUAUUUCCGUUGCAACGACGCGAGAGCGGAGGACUCGCAGCAGCAGGACUUCGUGGAUCCCCAUACCGGAACGAGGAUCGUCGAUUGCGAGCUGAACGUCACCAGGGAUCACAUCGAGGAGUAUUUCGGGCGGGACAAGUUCAAGUGCGAGUGCGUCGCUUGGUCGGGAUCCGGGCAGAUCAAGAGUCAACCGGCCACUGUCGAUGUUGCUUACUUGAAAAAGCAGUUCGAUUCCCCGCCGUACUCCGUGUCGGUCGAGGCGGGCCAGAGCACCGAACUCAGGUGUCUGCCGCCGGCUGGAGUGCCGUCGCCGAGGGUCUACUGGCUGAGAAACAACGUCCCCGUCGACACCGAGUCGGAUACGCUUUUAGUGUCAAGCGAGGGACACCUUCUCGUCGGCCAGGCGAAGCUCAGCCAUCAGGCGAAUUACACUUGCGUCGCGGAGAACAUCGCCGCGAAGAGACUUAGCGAUCCUGUCAGUCUCACGGUUUACGUGAACGGAGGAUGGUCCUCCUGGUCGGCAUGGUCCGAGUGUCACUCGAGGUGCGCGAAGGGGGGUCAGAAGAGGACGCGUACAUGCACGAACCCAUCGCCGAUGAACGGCGGACAACCGUGUCUGGGCCCGUCGCAGCAGAAGAUGGACUGCAACACCAACUGUCCCGUCGGCGCGCUGGAGGAGUUCACCAACACCUUAGUGGUGGACGGAGGAUGGUCCAGAUGGUCGGCAUGGUCGGUGUGCGGGAUCGAGUGCACGCACACCAGAAGAAGAUCGUGCGACGAGCCGCCACCCAGCCACGGUGGACGACCUUGCCCGGGCAGGGACAUCAGCGUGGCGAAUUGCACCGGCGGCAUGUGCAACAACGCUGGCACGAAAAUGGGUGGCGCUCACUUGACCGAGGAAGAGUAUGGAAAACGUUUGAUGUUCACAGCGAACCGCCAGAUGGACGUGGCACUCUACGUCGGGCUGACUGUCGCCUGUGUGGUAAUCGGCUGCCUGGUAUUAUUUUUCUUGGCGAAGAUUCUCAGGCGCAAAGGUCGGGACCAUUCCCUUUACUCCAUGGCCCGUAACGAAUUCCAGCCGGAGUUCUUCCCGGACCAGGACAAGAAGCUGAGCUUGCAGCCGGACGUAACGGCGACGAGCGUGCCGGCCUGCUACGAGUAUCCUUUCGACCCGAAGCUGUCGAUGUCGAGAUCCCUCUCCGAGCACCAUUACGACGUCCCUCACCUCUCGAUCGCGCCCCAACCAUCGCCAAUGUCACCAACACCGAGCACAUCGACGCAGGAGUCAAUCAGCGACAAGCAGAUCCAUUCCGACUGCGAGAACAGCAUCACUAGCUCGUAUCCUUCCUCGGACUCGACGUACAACGUCGCCUCGGAGAGCGUCAGGCUACCGAAGCUCGUGACCGGAAACGUGGCCGGUGCCGCGGUGAACACACGUGGCGCCCUAUUGGUGCUACCGGACGCUGGUAUAUCGAUGUCGGUGCCCGAGGGAGCGGUGCCCAAGCCACUCAGGGAGGAACUCUACCUGGCGGUGCUCAACGAGGAUCGCUUUAGGCCUCGAUUACCCGAUGGUAUCACGCAAUUAUCCGCGGUGGUGACGUGCGGCCCGUCCUCGGCGACGUUCAACAAGCCUGUGAUCCUGCAAUUCGAGCAUUGCGCGAUGCUGCACCCGGCGACAUGGGAGCUCAGCGUAUGGGCGUGCGACGGUUUGAGCGUGGAGGACGGUGUCGCUGUAGCGUCCUCGAAGGAUCAUCAGUCGAUCACGUGGACCAGGGUGUUGACGUUGGGCAACGAGACGAUCAACACGCCGCUGUUCACGCAACUCGAUCACGCGGAAGCGUUCAUCGUCACCGAACAGCUGCGCGGCUACGUUCUUGCUGGGCAAAGCUGCGAGAACACGAUCGCGACGAAGAGGCUACGGGUGGCGUUGUUCGCCAGUCAGACGGACCAAUGUUCCGUGAGGGUGUACGCGGUGGAGGACACGAAAGCUGCGAUGAAAGCGAUCGUCGACAGGGAAUCGCUGAUCCGCGGGUACUUGCUCGAUAAACCGAGAACUCUGUUGUUCCAAGACAACGGAGAGUCGUUGUGCGUCAGUCUGGAGGAGGUCGGGAACGAGUGGCAGCAGUGCAAAUCGUCCACGGAACGUCAAGAGAUCACGUUCAGGGACGCGUGGAACUGUCAGGAGACCACCAAGCACGUGACCUUCGGUCUGGACACGAAAUUCGGACCUAGCACCACGAGAAGCUACAAGCUUCAGGUCUCGCAGGGUAGCUCGGACACCAGGCAGGUGUUCAGGAUCGUCUACGAUGGCGUGAAGCAAUUGAUUUCAUCCGGAAGCGUGACCAGACCGCUCAGGGAGGUGACCGUGGUCAGCAGCGGGCAUGCUAAUAACGCUACCACCGACUCCACUACCCUGAGACCGUUUCGGUUUACCAGAUCCCUGAGGAAACAGCUAUGCCAGUGCCUGGACCCGCCGAACGCCCUGGGCAACGACUGGAGAAUGCUGGCGCAGAGGCUCCAGGUUGACAGGUACAUCAACUACUUCGCGACGAAGUCCAGUCCGACUGAACACAUCCUGGACCUCUGGGAGGCGAAGCACCACGAGCCUACGGCUGUGACCGACCUCAUGGGUAAGGAAGAAUUUGGAAAUCGGAUCGUUGAAUUGGAAUUUGGCGAUCUUUCUAGUUCGUUGGACAAGAUUGUUGUGGCCAAUUGA